UGAGAAGUGUUUAUCGUGCGCAAUUAUACAGGACGGGUACCGUUGAACUAAAUCCUUUACCAAGCAAACAGGCGUGACCAUUCUCAGUUGAGGACAGUUUAAUUCUGAAUACCACUGUCCUUUCCCUUUGUUAAACUUGCUUUCAGGACGUAUAUUUACAUUGAUUUGUAUCUGUGCCAAAGCAAUCGAAAUUUGAUUUUUAAAAAUGCACAGAAAAAUUAACCUGGGACAUCAAACCCUUGGGACAUGCCUAGUAGUUUUGCUGCUAUCUUUUCUUGGAUGCACAAAGGCACUGAACAGGGAAACACUGUUCAAGGAUGUUAUAAAUAAAAUGGACCCAGCCAUCGCUCCAUUUGAAUCAGCUGAUACGGGAAUUUCUGUCAAUGUGUAUCUAAACCUUAUGGGAAUUUCAGAGGUCAACGAAAAACAGCAAACUGUGAAAGGAUCGUAUUGGAUUGUGUUAACAUGGACGGACUGGCGUCUUAGAUGGGAUCCUAAUUCUUACAGGAAUAUCAGCGCGGUUCAAAUGAAAGCUGACAAGAUUUGGUCUCCGACUUCUAUUUGUAUUUUUAAUGAAAUCGGAAAUGAGAAGUGUUUCAAUGCAGACGAAGACCCGGUUACAGUGAGUUCAUUUGGAUACGUUUCCUACAUGAAAAACAUGGAGAGUGUGUCCCAGUGUACAAUAGAUGUCACUACGUAUCCCUUUGAUUCUCACUACUGUGGUCUGUGGUUUGGUAAUAUUAAUCCUACCACGGAAUAUCUUAAUUUUGAUGAAAAAUAUUCUGGCUUCCUUCUUGAGUAUCUUAGACCCAACGAAGUUUGGGACGUUCGGAACACUUCUGUUUUGAUGUACGAUUAUAACGAUCCAACGACUGGCGCCGUCCAAAAACAAUUACAUUUUUAUGUUCACUUGAAGAGGAAGUCCUUUUACGUCGUAAUUUCAACACUGGUACCUGUGCUUAUUUUAUCAGUGUUAAACUUAUUUUGUUUUGUGGUACCUAUUGACUCUGGUGAGAAAAUGGGGUUUUGUAUGGCCAUAUUUUUAACCUUUGCAGUAUUUUUGACGAUAAUUAACGAUUCCAUGCCGAAGUCCUCAGAAAAAGUACCAUUCUUUACAAUAUACUUGAUUACACAGCUGGUUAUUAGUGGAGUGGUUGUUAUAUUGGAAGCCAUUGUCCUGUUUGUGCACUUCCAUUGUUUUACAAAUAAAGACGAUUCGUCAGAAGAAAAAGACAAAGUUUCUGAAACAAAGAAAUGCCGAAUGUCUGGGGCGAUUCUCGAUAUUAUUUUCUUUUUGUUUAUUUUAAUUUGUGAUGUACUUUCUAUCAUUUAUUAUGCUGUGAGCGUGUCGUAAACGUCCCCACUAUAGAUCACACCAUGCAUUGAAUGAAAAUGCAAGUGGAUACGUAAUAUUAAAAUUAAUUUGAUAUUAUCCUAUUUGCAUUUUUUUUCUGAGGUACGUUUUUUAAAAAUUUGUUGUAUAAAGGAUAAAGCGAGGUAACAAGA